UUGCUCGUGUGAUAAAGAUAAGUGCCUUAUGAGCUGUUUUCUAUGUUAGUUAGAGUGUGCUUCUUUCAAACUGUACAUGCCCGGUUCGUGAGAACUUAUUAGGAUUCUUCCGCCAUUUUGAAUCAGACUUUGUUUCCAAGAAGAAAAAGAAUGUUUCGAGAAAGUUUACCAGUUUUAGUCUUAUGGACUUUCAUCGUGCACUGCCACAGCUUCCAGAUACCUUUCUUUUCUAGUGAUAACAGCCGUGAAAGCUUUGACAAACUGUGUGAGCAGUGUGUAUGUCCUCCUAGUGUGUUUCCUGAAGACCUUCUUUACUGUAGCCGGAGAAACGUCGACAAUUUGCCUGUUGGGAUAAACUUCCCUUCAAAUCUGAAAACGGUGGUCCUGAAUAGCAAUAGUCUGGAGAGCAUCAAUUCCGGUACUUUUAACAGCGGAAAUAGUGUGUUUCAUCUGGAUCUUUCCUCCAAUCAAAUAGACUUCAUCGCUGGUGAUGCGUUGAACAAACUGGAAAAUUUAAAAUCUUUAGAUCUUUCCAAUAAUAAGAUCUGGAGUUUAUCAGAUCAUACCUUUGAGAAACAAAGUCAGCUAGAAAUUCUAGAUCUAAGCAGCAACAGAAUUCAAAGCUUCUUUGACACCGCUCUUAAAUCAUUAAAAAAUUUAAAAACUUUAAAACUGAACUUUAAUCCUUUGUACACCGUACAAAGAGAUAUAUUUCAGUACGUGCCAAACCUUAGUGAACUACAUUUGGAAAGGACUGGUCUAAGAGGAAUGCCAGAUGACGUGUUCACCUUUAAUACGAAGUUAACUGUCCUAAAGUUAAGUGGUAACUCUCUGGACGACAUUCCUUCCAAAUCUCUCGAGGUGGUCACUCAGCUACAGCAUCUAGAUAUCAGUAGAAAUCCAGUUAAAGAGAUUAAACCCAAUGCUUUUAAAACGCUUGAAAAGCUUAUUGUACUGAAAAUCGACAGUAUGAGCAAAUUGGAAACCAUCCAUCCCCAUGCGUUUCAUGGUCUAAAGAGACUAGAAGAGUUGCACUGCAGUUCCAAUCCUUUGCUAGCCAACGUACAUCGGGAUGCCUUUAGAAGAAAUGAUACUGGAGAAGUUGUCCACGUGAAGAAAAUCUAUUUACAUCGAAACCGCCUGGAAACACUGAGUUACUCAAUGUUAGAAUGGGAGAAGCUGGAGGUCUUUGAUGUUUCAAAUAAUCCAAUGCGAUGUGACUGUCGCUUGCAGUGGAUGGUGAGGACUAGUCUACCAAAGAACUCCAAGCAUGCCAUCAGAUGUGGAUCUCCAAGAAAGUUGGAAGAACGUCCUGUGUCUUCUCUGAAAGAGGAAGACUUUGUUUGCGGUUUGGAACUCAGCACUGACAUAAUCAUAAUCUUAACCAUACUGUCUUUUGUUUUGGUGUUUAUGAUAGUGAUCAUCUUUGCGUACGUUUUGUAUAAGUGGAACUACUGUCUCAAACCUCGCGCUGAGAUGCAGCGAACUUACAGUCGCAUCAAAUCCAACAAGAACACUGUAGAUCUUGAUUGGGAUCAUAGUGCUGAUCCUUGCACUUUCUCUGUACAAAUCGUGGCCGCAACAACGAUUAUGAAUAACACGAAGAGAUCAGGGGCUUUGAUGCUUUACAUAUUCUUGUGGAUAGCGUUUCUCACAGAAUGUAAUUGUGAUGCGGGUGACCUCUGUAAAACCUGCAUAUGUGAAGAGACCAACGCUAAUAUUCCGAAUGAACAGCCGAUGAACGUCGACUGCUCAGGACUAAACUAUACAGUUGUACCUUCAGGAGCCUUGUGGCCAACUAAAACUAUUAGUAUGAACUUGAGUGAAAACGCGAUUCAUACUAUCAACGUUUUGGAACAACAUCUUUAUCUGCAACGUCUUUACUUUGCAUCUAAUAAUCUUAAAACUAUUGAGCCUACAGCGUUUGAUGAGUUUCCUGAGCUAGAAGAACUUUACUUGAAUGACAAUGUAUUAGGAGAGCUUCAUCAGGACGUUUUUAGCAACCUUGCCAAACUGAAAAUAUUGGACUUAAGUUCUAAUAAUUUGAGUUCACUCCGAGAAAAUAUUUUUAAGGAACUGAGAAAACUAAAACGUUUAACUCUUGCAAGGAAUCCUAUAAAAUACAUCCAGAGUGAUAUGUUUCAGCCAAUGAAAUCUCUUGAAUUUCUUGAUUUAUCUGAUAUAAAGGCCUAUCAUAUGACACCAGGAAUUUUUCACAAUCUUUUAAUGUUAAGAGUGGUGAAUUUAUCAAGAAACGAGUUCCAAGAAGUGCCGAUAGGAGCUCUUAGAAGUGCUUCAGGACUUGAAGAAAUUAAUCUUGAUGAGAAUCCAAUCGAUCGUCUUGACUUGAAGUCCUUUACGGGUCUAGACAAAGUUAAACUCGUGAGUUUAAGUAACAUGCCAAAACUGGAAAUUAUUGAUAAGUUAGCCUUUUCUAAACUUCGACGUUUAGAGAUUUUGCGACUUCACUCCAACCCUCAUCUGGAGACUAUACAUAGCCUUGCCUUCAACGAAAUCCUGGAUCCCAAAACUCUCCAAAUGAGGUUGAAUGAAGUAAACUUAAGAAACAAUAGCUUACAGACCCUAUACGAAUAUGCCAUACCCUGGUGUAAGUUGAAAACUUUGGAUCUCCGAGACAACCCCUGGAGAUGUGACUGCAAGUUGAAGUGGAUAAAAUAUUGCAACUUGACUGCUGAAAUGAGUGAUCUUUUAUUGUGA